GUCAAGUUAGGUUGCUGAGUAGAACUGGGCCUGAAGGGGCGGCUGAGACUCUGAAACAGAACCGAAUAACAGAAACUGGGAUAUAAACGCCUUUGUUUUGUUUUUUUGGUUAGAACAUUUUAAUAGUCAUAGCAUUACAUCCACACCCUCAUUAGGGCCAGCGGAACCGGCAGCAUGUCUGCAGCAGGAGAUUUCGGCAACCCGCUCCGCAAAUUCAAGCUGGUGUUUCUGGGAGAACAGAGCGUGGGAAAAACAUCAUUGAUCACCAGAUUUAUGUAUGACAGUUUCGAUAACACUUACCAGGCCACGAUAGGAAUCGAUUUCUUGUCCAAAACAAUGUAUCUCGAGGACAGAACAAUCAGGCUGCAGCUUUGGGACACAGCAGGACAGGAGCGUUUUCGUAGUCUCAUUCCCAGUUACAUCCGAGACUCUGCUGCUGCUGUUGUAGUUUACGACAUCACAAGUAGGUAUCUGAGACCCACCAUGCAUCCGGUUCCCCUCCUCUUACCUCUUCCCCUUUCCCCUUCUCUCUCUCUCUCUCUCUCUCUCUGGUGGAUCUCUGGUGCUAAUAUAUUUGACCAGGUGCGGCUGCAGCUUUGGGACACAGCAGGACAGGAGCGCUUCCGCAGUCUGAUUCCCAGCUACAUCCGGGACUCUACAGUUGCCGUGGUAGUCUAUGACAUCACAAAUGUCAACUCAUUCCAGCAGACCACCAAAUGGAUCGAUGAUGUCCGAACAGAGAGAGGAAGUGAUGUCAUCAUCAUGCUGGUGGGAAACAAAACAGAUCUUGCAGAUAAAAGGCAGGUUUCUAUCGAGGAAGGAGAGAAGAAAGCCAAAGAACUGAGUGUAAUGUUUAUUGAAACUAGUGCUAAAGCAGGAUACAACGUCAAGCAGUUGUUCCGGCGGGUAGCUGCUGCUCUUCCUGGUAUGGAGAGCACACAAGACAAGAGCAGAGAGGACAUGAUCGACAUAAAAUUGGAAAAGUCUCCAGAGCAGCCGGUCAGUGAAGGCGGCUGUUCGUGCUGAAGUUUCAGCCUUGAUUUCUGUGCCGUGUCUCUCAUUGUUGCUCUUUCAGACACUCUCGAUCGCACUCACAGCAUCUCUCUGGAUUAUCUGCAGAAGCUCCACUCAGCUGGAGGGAGUAGGACACUACCUGCCAAUCACCCACAAAUGACUUCAAAAUUGAAAGCACAAUGUUGAUGUGAAUGUUGUUUUUCUAUUGUUUCCGUUAAUCUUACACCUUUUCUGGUGUUUUUGUUCGCUCUCAAACACUUUUUAUGAUGUCUUUUUCGUUUUGUCAGUCUGCUACAACGUCUGCAUCUUCAAAGCAUUCGUUUUAUUGGAGUUCAAAUAUUAAUGUAACUAUGACAUGAAUAGGAACAAAACAAGCUGAAUAAAUGAAAUUUAACUUGAGUAAGCACAGUAUCCAGAUUUGAAUAGGUGAGGACUCAAUCACUAAAUGUUGUUCCAUAUUCAUGGUGCAGAGAAGGAUGAAAUGUUUACAGAGUGUUUUUGAGAGUCUCCAAGUCUAGAUUUCAUUAUAUUUGGCAACAGGGUGUCCUCUGAGACACCGUUUAUCUCUUCAUUUUUUAGGAAGAAAGGAAAUAGUAAAAACAUUGUUUUUGGAUAUCAGGAGAAGCUAGAGCUGAUGUUUGCUCUGUUUUUCCCUCAUCCGGUUUCUCUUGGCUGUUUUUCAACCUUGGAUGGCAUUUUAUCAUGGUUAUUUUGAAAAUUAGAAAUCAUAUAGAAAAACAAAAGUUAAGUACAGCUACUAUACAGAAAUAUUAUGUAAAUUAAGGGAAGUGUCAGAUCCUGUUUAAACAGAUAAUAUGCAGUCAGGUUUGUUUAUUGGGCUUCCACUGGUUUGUUUUUUUGAUUUGCAUUGUAAAGUUGGAUUUUUUGUAAUACUGACACUGUAGAUUUAGGUUGUUUUCCCUUUUGAUUUUUUGAAUCAACCAUGAUCCCUAAUAUUUAUUUGUACUUGAUGUGUCAUUUUCUUUUUAAACACUGUUUAGUUUCUAGUUUUAAAUGUUCUGUCUCACACAGCUGGCACAUGUACAGUGAUAAGUUUGUCCCCAGACUGUAAUCUAAAUCUUUUUAAGAUCUAACAGCAGUUUGCGUAUUUUCAUUGUAUAUCUCAAUUUUUUUUUUUUCUUUUUCUCGAAUAUGUCUGAUACAUUUCAUAAGGAACAAUAAACCAGAACGGUUGGGUCUGGCAGUGCUGCUUGACACAAAUGCUCAUAAUUUGCACUGCGAAAAUUUAUAAGCAUCCCUGUUCAUCCCUAAUAAAAUCUUAUAUUUAGCAA